AUGUCUGAACAGAUUGAGUCGCAAUCCAGUGCUCCGAUUGAGUUAUCUGGCGAGUCUCAAGUCGAGGAUCAACAGCAGAACCAACACGGUGCGCAGAGAGGUGGACGUAAUGGAAAAGGCGGUCAACAAAGAGGCGGUCGUUAUGGAUCCAACAAGUACAAUCAUGGUAACAACGGGAACCAAUAUAAUAGAUAUAAUGGAAACAAUAUGGGUGGUAGUGGUAGAAAUUAUCACAAUAACGGUUAUAAGCCACACAGAGGUAAUAUGAACGCUGCUGCUGCUGCUGCUGCUAUGCAGUGGCCCGGUUAUUACAACCCACAGAUGUACUACAUGCCACCUCAGAUGCCAGGUGCUCCAAGUGGGCCUACUGGGGAGAUGUCGCCAUCUAGCUCGCCCGUAUCGUCGGCUUCUGGUACUCCAGCUCCAUCUAUUAAGAAGAUUGAGAUUACCACGAAGAGCGGCGAGCAUUUGGAUUUGAAUGCCAUUCAUCAUACACACCAUGGUGCAAACCACUCGAGCGACCCAAAGAUUAGUAGUAAUCCUGCAGCAGAAGAAGUGGAAAAGCCAGAAGCCGAAGUUCCAGCCGUUGCCAUUAAGGAGAAUACCGAGAAGAGCGAUGUCAAGAGUUCUGGUGAGAAUUCGAUUUCGGAAGCUGAAAAGACCAAGAGAGAAUUUUUGGAACAGAUCAAGCUACGGAAGGCCGCUUUGGAGAAGAAGAAACACGAACAGAUUGAAGCCUCGAAACCAAAACCAGUUGAACCUGAGCCAAAGAAGGAAGAAUCUGUUGCUGCAGAGAAGCCUGUUGAGAACGAUGUCGCAAAGGAGGAAGUAAAAGCUGAAGAACCAGCUAAGGCUGAAGCCACAGAGAAGCCUGUUACGACGUUUGCUGAGAAAUUGAAGCUAAAGAAGGAGGCUGAAAGAUUAUCAGCUGAAGCUGAGGCAGGAAAGAAGGUAGAGGUCGAAGCUCCAAAGGAGGAAGCUGAAGCUCCAAAGGAGGAAGCUGAAGCUCCAAAGGAGGAAGCUGAGGCUACAGAGGUGGGAGCUGAAGCUCCAAAGAUGGAAGCUGAUGCUCCAAAGGCAGAAGCUGAGGCUCCAGAAGAGGAAGUCGAGGCUACAGAGGAAGUCAAGGCUACAGAGGAAGUCAAGGCUACAGAGGAAGUUGAAGAUGAUCCUGUCGAGAACAAGGAAGAUUCAGAGCAACUGCAGGAAGAGCAGCCUCAAAGUAUAGAAGCUGAAGCAGCUGAACCUGAAGAAGCUGGACGUGAAGGAGCUAAGCCUGAAGGAACUGAACCUGAGGCCGAACCUAAGGGACAAACCGAGGGUGAAACAAAAGAGGUCAACGAGGAGACUACUGCUGAAACAGACGAUAAAGACAAGAUGACUGUGACACAACUGAUGAACCUCGUCAACUCCGCCAAACCAAUCGAGGACAUUUUUGCAUUCCAAUAUCCUUCAGAUGUUGAAGCCCCAGACGCUAGAUACAAGAAGUCGCAUAUCAAGUACACGUAUGGUCCAACUUUCUUGCUACAGUUCAAAGACAAGAUAAAAACAGUUGCCGACGAUGAAUGGGUACAAAAGGCUGCCGCAAAGAUUGUUAUUCCUCCUGGAACGAACAAGUCUGGUAGACCUAGAGAUCCAAGCUUGUUUGCAGGCAGGGGCGGUGGCGAUUUCAGGAAGAGUGGCUCUAUGAGAGGCAUGGAAGGUAGAUCAGGCUCGAGGAACUCAUCAAAAAGAAAAUCAAAGAGAAUGAUGGACGACAGAAGAUCCAACAGAUCAUACACAUCAAGGAGAGACCGUGAAAGAGAUCGUGAUGAAGAUGAAAGAAAGGAGGAGAAGCCUAGCGAGCCCAUCGCGCCAUUGGUGCCAAGUGCUAACAGAUGGGUUCCAAAAUCCAGAACGAAGGUUACUGAAACGAAGUUGGCACCAGAUGGUGUCACUGAAAUGCUAGACAAGGAAACUGCAGAGAGAAAGAUGAAAUCUUUGCUAAAUAAAUUGACUUUGGAAAUGUUCGAUCCUAUUUCUGCUGAUAUCUUGAAGAUAGCUAACCAAUCCAAAUGGGAGACUCAAGGUGAAACUCUAAAGGUUGUUAUCGAAGAAGUAUUCCACAAGGCUUGUGACGAACCUCAUUGGUCUUCUAUGUACGCACAAUUGUGUGGUAAGCUUGUUAAAGAUCUUGAUCCAGAAAUCAAAGAUGAAGAAAACGAGGGAAAGACGGGUCCAAAGCUGGUGCUACAUUACCUUGUUGCCAGAUGUCAUGCGGAGUUCGAGAAGGGCUGGACCGAUAAACUACCUACAAAAGAAGAUGGUUCACCAUUAGAGCCUGAAAUGAUGUCGGACGAAUACUACAAGGCUGCCGCUGCUAAGAGAAGAGGUUUGGGUCUUGUGCGUCUGAUCGGUUUCUUGUACCGUUUGAGCCUGCUAACAGGAAAGAUGAUGUUCGAGUGUUUCCGUAGAUUGAUGAAGGACUUGAGCAAUGCUCCAAGUGAAGAAACUUUGGAAUCUGUGGUUGAGUUAUUGAGUACUGUUGGUCAACAAUUUGAGACAGACAGCUUCAGUGCUGGUCAAGCCACGCUAGAAGGUUCAGCACUUCUGGAUAGUUUAUUCGCCAUCCUACAGAAUAUUAUUGAGACUGCUUCAAUCACGAAUAGAAUGAAGUUCAAGUUAAUCGAUAUCAGAGAACUAAGGGAAGAAAAGCAUUGGAAUAGUAAUAAGAAAGAGGACGGUCCAAAGACAAUUCAACAAAUUCAUGAAGAAGAAGAGAGACAACGUGCUAUGAAAAACAACAACUCCAGAUCCAACUCUAGACGUAUGAACAGUUCAAUGGGUAGUAGGAACUCAUUUAGAAGAGAGGCUCCAACGGUCUCCAAAGAUAAUUUCAUCUCUACCAGAUCAUCUUCUCAAAGACAUGCGCAAAAGCCAGCAACUAAAGAGGAAAAUUUGAAACCUCAGAAGAGCAGUAUUAACAUGUUUAGCGCAUUAAUGGAUGAUAACGAUGAUGACGAAUAG